UGCCAACCUGCUGUCUAGUUACCUAGUCCUCAUAUCCAUGGAAACAUUCUAUUUUAGAACGUUAGACUAAAUUGCAGCGAGAAAUGGUAGAAACUUUCAAUUAUAUAUUGAGGGGGUAGGUGGCCCAUACCGAAUCCACAUUUAAACCUUGGGAUCGGAUGUUUUAAGCAGGACAAAUGGGCAUGUUAGAUAAACUGUCGGGAUGGCUGGGUCUGAAGAAGAAAGAAGUGAACGUGUUGUGUUUGGGACUGGACAACAGCGGGAAAACCACCAUCAUCAACCAACUCAAACCCAGUAAUCUAUGCUUAUAUGGCCCACUCUCAGACGACUGGAGACAUGUUAGUCAGGUGAAGACCCAGACACAAGACAUUGUCCCAACUAUUGGCUUCAAUAUAGACAAAUUCAAGAGUUCAAGUUUGUCCUUCACAGUGUUUGACAUGUCUGGUCAGAGCAGAUAUAGAAACCUAUGGGAACAUUACUACAAAGAGAGUCACGCCAUCAUAUUUGUCAUCGAUAGUGGAGACAAGUUACGAAUGGUCGUUGCCAAAGAGGAGCUUGAUACUCUUCUCAAUCACCAAGACAUCUGCAGUAGGAGGAUGCCUGUGCUGCUCUUUGCUAAUAAGAGUGAUCUGAGAGAAGCCAUGUCUUCAGUCAAAGUGUCUCAGCUGCUCUGUCUGGAGAACAUCAAAGACAAACCCUGGCACAUCUGUGCCAGUAAUGCUCUAAAAGGAGAUGGCCUACAGGAGGGGGUGGACUGGCUACAAGAGCAAAUUGCACAAUCAUAUCAGAAUAAUGAAUGAAAUGAAAUGAAUGAAAGGCUUACGAUGAAGGAUUGUGAUGGAGAAGAGGGACCUCCACAACUACAGCAUGGCUCCCUGUUUGUUUUUCCUUUCUAUUUGUUACUCUGUCAUGAUGCGUACUGUAUGAUAUUGUUGUAAAGUGUUGAUGUGAAGUGUUGUUGAACCGCUUGCUGCAGUGAAGAGAGACCAGUCUCUGAGAUGGAUUCACCUGGGACAGCAGGUAGUCUAGUGGUUUUAAGAGCGUUGGACCAGUAACCGAAAUGUCGAUGGUUCGAAUCCCCAAGCCAACAAGGUGAAAAAUCUGUCAAGGUACUUAACCCUAAUUGCUCCUGUAAGUCGCUCUGGAUAAGAGCCUCUGCAGAAUAACUAAAAUGUAAAUGUGUUCAGACUGUUACAGCACGUGAUGUGUAACUGGGUUGUCUGAUUGUGGAAAGAUAUGGUUAAUGUAUUCUGAUGUUAAACAUUUUACCCUCCGUAUUUCUGAACUGUACUUCAUGCUCGUUUUUUAUGCCAUUAAAUGUGCUGUGAUGUUUUCAGACAUAGUACACCAGUCAGUGCUACAAUAUAUUUCUAUAUAUAUUGGAAUGUUUUAAUGAAAACAAUUAAAGGCGUAGCAUUUGCUUGA